UACACAGUGCGUUUAUAUUCACGUUUCCCACACCUCUCUCUCACCCACACCCUGUACAAUUAAAAUUCAAACGGACUCCUGGCAUCCGAGAGUCGUAUCUCGGUGUUUGUGGUCUCUGCUGUGGUUAACAUUUUGUAGUCAACUCCCCUGUAUCAAAUAAGUGUGACUCUGUCAUUAGACCAUUGACUGACACUCCUGUUUGUGUCGUUGAUUGCUGCAGUUGAGCCCAAUAAGAUGUCUUUUCGUGCUGUUCGUGUUUCCAAGUUUAGGCAUGUCUACGGGCAGGGCUUGAAAAGAGACCAGUGCUAUGACAACAUCAGGGUGUCGAAAUCUUCUUGGGAUUCCACGUUCUGUGCUGUCAACCCAAAAUUCCUGGCCAUUAUUGUGGAAUCUGCAGGUGGUGGGGCGUUCAUUGUUCUACCGUUGGCCAAGGUGGGGAGAAUCAAUCCAGAUCAUCCACUAGUUGGCGGCCACAAAGGUCCUGUGUUAGACAUUGCCUGGUGUCCGCACAACGACAACGUGAUCGCUUCCGGCAGUGAAGAUUGUGUCGUCAAGGUAUGGCAAGUACCCGACCAUGGAUUAUCAAGAACGCUCACGGACCCAGUUGUGGAGUUGCUAUAUCAUCAGAGAAGAGUUGGCUUGGUUCUAUGGCAUCCAACCGCUCAAAACGUCCUUCUCACUGCGGGUUCAGAUAAUUUGGUAGUCAUAUGGAACGUGGGCACUGGCGAACCGACAGUUGUGAUUGACAGUCAUCCCGAUUUGGUCUAUUCGGCUUGUUGGAACUGGGAAGGCUCCAAAUUGCUCACCACUUGCAAGGAUAAGAAGAUUCGCAUCAUCGAUCCAAGGAAUGGGAAUGUUGACGAGGAGGCGAUUUGUCACGAAGGAUCGAAAGCUACACGUGCAAUUUACCUGCGAAAUGGAUUGGUCUUUACGACAGGCUUCUCCAAGAUGUCCGAGAGGCAGUAUUCAUUGCGAGCACCCGGUCAUUUGAACGAUCCCAUCGUCAUGGUUGAGUUGGACACGUCGAACGGUGUCAUGUUUCCCCUUUACGAUGCCGACACCAACAUGGUUUACCUCUGCGGCAAGGGUGAUUCCGUGAUUCGAUACUUCGAAAUCACUCCAGAGCCUCCAUUCGUGCACUACAUCAAUACAUUUCAGACACCCGAUCCGCAGCGCGGUAUCGGUAUGAUGCCCAAACGCGGUGUGGACGUGACCUCGUGUGAAAUUACCCGCUUCUUCCGACUCAACAAUUCCGGCCUGUGCCAAGUCGUCUCGAUGACUGUACCGAGGAAAUCGGAGCUCUUCCAAGAAGAUUUAUACCCCGACACUCCUGGAGACGUGCCCGCGCUGUCGGCUGAAGAAUGGUUCGCCGGCAAAGAUGACAACCCGAUCCUUGUCUCCAUGAGAUCUGGUAGUCAAUUGUCGACUAAUAAACAGGAUUUAAAGGUCCAAAAGAAGCACAACGUGUUAAGCAAAAUGCCGCCGAGGAGUCCUUCGGGAUCCCAGUCGGCUAUUGCUGAUAGCCCUGACAGUGCGAAUCCUCAAGCACCUGCCUCUCCACCCAGUUCAGGAGUCCCCACAAAGGUGGUUGAAGAGCUCAUGGACGAGAUCCGGCGUCUAAAGUCCCUGUUAGUCAAGCACGAGAAGCGAAUCCGUGCACUGGAGGCCCGCGCCGCUUCAUCUCCCAGCGCCGAUUUGAACAAUUCGACGGGAUCGGCCAACACUUCGCUGGUUGCCGACUCGCCGCCCGCCACCACCGCCAACAACCCGCAACAGUCCGCCACUACGGGCGGCGGUCAGCACGAAAACAACCACGUCACUCACGACACCAACGCCAACGUGGCCAAGACCAUCGCCGCCGAAGACAUGGCACCCGAUGAAGUCUGAACGCACCAACCGCAAGUAAAAAUUCAAAACAGCAAAAAAACAAACCUAUCGUGCACACAUAUAACAACCUAACAAUUUAAAAGGCGAGCUUCGAUUUCAGUUGGCUCCGCUUUUACACAAACCAACCCUACCCCUCUACCCCAAAUUACGCGCGAUGAUUAACGGCCAAUUAUAUUUGUAAUAUGCUUUUUUUUCCAAUCCUACCCACCCUCUAAUAUUUAUUCGUUUACAAUAAUUGGUUACUCUACUUUAUAUCACCUCCUAAUUUUUCCCAAUAACGUUUUUUUUUAACAAAAGAAAAAUGGCGAUAAAAGAAAAAAAACGAACAAGCAAAAAGAAGGAAAAGGGUCUCGAAAAAUUCGUGUAGCCGUCAUCGCUUAUUAUUACUUAUCAAUGAAAUCCCCCCUCUCCCAAUGUCCUACCCUUCUUAAUUACUAUCUACAAACAAAAACCUCCCUACCAAAAUUGUCAGUCUGCUAGGUACAAAAUCAUUUAAAAUUAAUUAUUAUUAUUAUUAUUAUUCGGUUCUCUCUAUUUUUCUCUAAAUAUUCUCUUUGACUUUCAAAAAAAAAACCAGAAAGUGAAAGAGUGAUGGAAAUAUUUUCCCCUUCCCUUGGAUGCCGCACAAGUUAAUAUUACCCCCCUUACAAUUGCACUUGCACAAAUUUUGAAACAGAGCCACAUUCUUCUCCCUGAUUAGGGAAACAUUUGAAACACUGAGAAAAAAAAGCUUGGAAGAAAAGACAAAAUGGCGAACCACCCAAAUUGUUUUCCCUCUUUAUGCCAGCGCAAAUAUCUUUAAAAAAAAACUACUCUGUAUAUUUUGGUGAAAAAUCAUCAUUGAUGUGUGUGGUGUUUUGAAUUAUUAUUUUUUUCCCCCUUCUCCACUUUGCAAAUUUUUUCGCUCUCUACUCCCCUACGCCUACGUUGAAAACCUAUUGUGUCUUGUCGCAACAUCGAUGCUCUCUUUAAAAACUUUUUUUCAAAUUAAAAAGUGCCUUGGCGAAUCAACUGCACACACAAAAAUUAACAAUUUCAGCAUUAACAAUUUUCUCUUUGCAAAGGAACUCCUGGAAAAUCGCCUUUUU